UUCCCACCCUCUCUACACUUUCCUCUGUCCAUCAAAAACUAGCUCCCCAAUCGGGGCCCUCUCUCUCUCUCUCUCUCAGAGUUUCGGAUUCGUUCUUCAUUCUUCUUACAAAUCUGAUUCGCAUCCUCCUAUAGUUUUGGUGUUGCUGAAUCUGCAAGAUUCUCGGAGAAAAAGAGUGAGACGAUUGGAACCGAAUGGCGUGGAUAUAGCUGGAGGCCUCGUUUGGACAGUUGUGAAUCUAGCGGUCCAAAUUCCAUAUAUUUUAGUAUAUAUCUUCUCUAAUAAGCCUUGGCGCGCUUUUGGCGGGACGUGUCGUCCACUCUCCACUUAAAUCAAGGUCCUUGUAUCAACUCUGAAGUGUCACCAAGUCAGAAAUGGCUUCAUCUUUGGUUAAGUCGAAUAAAUUCAUGAAGAGGACAGAAUCAAAAAAGUCACAUUCCUGGUGGUGGGAUAGCCACAUCAGUCCCAAAAACUCUAAGUGGCUAGUAGAAAAUCUCGAGGAUAUGGACCAAAGUGUCAAACGGAUGUUGAAACUGAUCGAAGAGGAUGGAGAUUCAUUUGCUAAAAAAGCUGAGAUGUAUUAUCAGAAGAGGCCGGAAUUGAUAGCUCGUGUUGAAGAAUUCUACCGCUUGUACCGCUCAUUGGCUGAGCGUUAUGAUCAUGUUACCGGAGAGCUAAGGAAGACUGUUCCCUCAGAUCUCCAAUCGCAAGGUUCAAGCAUCUCUGAUGUUGGUUCUGAGCCGGCCUCCACAUGGUCUUUGCCUGACCAAAAGCUUACUCGGCGUAAAUCUGGCCCCCGGGCUGCUGGUUUUGAAUUUUUCCUUGGUUCUGGUGGAAGUAGCUCAGAUUUGUGCAACAAAGAAGGAGAUGACUCCUCUACAUUGGAUUCUGAUUCAGAAUCAGAUGAUUCCUCUGUGAACAAUUACUCAGCUGCACCGGGCAAUGGUGGGGAACAAGGUUUGCGUAGGAAGAUUAUUGAAUUGGAGGUUGAGCUUCGUGAUGUGAAAGAGAAGCUUCGGAUGCAACAGGAAGAGAAUACAGAUGGUUCUUCAAGGGGAAUUAGAAAAGUGCAUUCUGAAGGUCUACUCAUGAGGAUUGCAGGAUAUGAGGAAGAGAUGAGAGAUGCAAGAGAAAAGCUCCGGUUCUCAGAAGAAGAGAUUGCCAGGUUGAAGAUCGAGGUCCAGACAAACAGAUCCCAAGAAGUUACCAACAAUUUGGAAGCUGAACUUGAAUUAUCAGAGAAAGAUGUCAGGAGUUUGGGAGCCAAUUUGGAAACGGAGCAAAAACAGGCAAUGGAGAUCGGUGAAAAAAUUGAUGGGUUGAAAGCAGAAGUUUCAGACCCCGAUUGCAAGAUUCAGACACUUGAGGAAGAGCUGAAAAUCACAAAAGAAAAACUUAAAGGUUCGGAGAGAGAAAUUGCAAAUAUGAGAAAUGAACUUGAGAAUAGCGGAUCCACUAUUCGACGUUUGCAAGAUCAACUAGGAUCAGCCCAAAAAGAUGUUGCUACUUGGAAAGCCAAGCUUGAUAAAGAGCAAAGAGAGGUUUCAAAGCUGCAAGAUAGAAUGUUGAGGUACAAAGCCAGUUUGUCAGAUCGCGAUCAAGAGAUUAGGGGGUUGAAAGAAACGGUUUCUAACGCAAACCAGAGCUUGUCUGAGGAAAACACACAGCUUCAGGCUGAAAUUACUAAAUUGUCGAAGGAACUUUCUUAUUUAGAGGAUAAUCUCAAAGAAUGGGAACAUCGGUGCCAAUCUCUAGAGGAAGAGAUCAGACGAGUCAAGGCUGGUAAAACAGAAAUGGAAGGGCUACUUCAAGCUGGAAUGGAGCAAUUGAAGGUUACAUUUAAAUUGGAAUAUGACACUCUGAUGGAAGAGAGAGACGAGCUCAAUGCAAAAAUUGCGACACUCAUUGCUGAGGUAAGUGCUAGAGAUGAUCAGAUUGAACAUAUGGAUCAGCAUUUGAAGCAAUUGCACAUGGAACAGGUUGAGUUGAUCGCUGGGACUGAAGGUGCACAUAGAAAGGUUGAAGAACUGAGAUCAAGAGUCAGAGAACUGGAGGAGGAGGUUGAGAAGCAAAGAGAGGUGAUAAUAGAAGGGGCAGAAGAGAAACGAGAGGCAAUUCGGCAACUGUGCUUCUCACUGGAGCAUUAUAGGAAUGGGUAUCAUCGGCUUCGACAGGCUUUUGUAGGGCACAAACGAUUUCCAGUGAUGGCUGCCUAAUGUUAGUAUCUGACAUUGGGCACAUUCGUCUUCCUGGGAGUCUCUCAAUUUUUUGGAUUUCUUUUUGCCAUUUUGAAUUCACUUGUAAUUUCCUUCUCACGAAAGUUUGGAGUUUUCGUUUUGGUUUUACUAGGCGUGGCUGCUGGCCUUAUGAUUACUUUUGUUUUGCUGCUAUUUUAGGGCAGUAGCAGCAGUACGGCCUUGUGCAAUAUUUGUUUUUGUAAUUUAAUUUUUAUAUUUUGGGUGAGACUUCUUUUUUCUUUCUGAUGUAGCAAAAAAAUAAUAAAUAUUGGGUCGAAGCUACGACUUUUUGCUUAGGAAA